GCAGCGCCUCAGUGGAAACCUGCGAGACUAUUCUGCCGACACUGAAAGCUACUGAAAGGGAAUAACACCCCCGUGAUUGUUAUUAUCAUCAUCACCACAUCAUCUCCACCGUGAGGGGAGUGACGUCACUGUCCGGUUACCCGGGAAGAUGGUGGCGUUUGGCGUUCUAGUCCUCACGCUGCUCUUGAGCCGCAUCCAGGCAGCUGAGAGGGGCAAAGUCGGUUGUUUGUUUGCGUCCGGCCUCUGUGAAGACCACGAGAGCUGUGUAAACGAUGCCUUAUUUGGCCAGUGCCUGUUGCCCGGGGCGAUGCCCCUCCCCCCUUAUGACAUCACCAGGGGGCAGGAAGUGGAUCGGCUACGAAGCGUCCUGCAGCAACUCGGACAACGAGGUUUGUCGUGGGAGGAUGAGGUGACCCAGCGUGUUCUGAGUCGGGAGCUCGCUAAACUCAACAGGACUCCUCAACGCAGCAGGCCGAUCCUCAGCGAAGACGAGGGGGAACAGGAAGUGAUGUCACAGGGGGCUUGGCAGGAGGCGGGGCAAAGCAGACGGUUGGAGAAAUACCUGCAGCAGCUCUUGGCCAAGGAGGAUGGCCGUUAUUCUCAGUGGAAGAGUGAAGCUGGAGAGACCAUGCUGCUCUUGGCAGCCCUGCAGAAGUACCUGGACCAGCCAUCGUCCCAGAAGCCCAGGACACGCCUCUUCCGGUCACAUGACGUGCCGGACACGCCCCCGGCCAGAUUUCGACCAAUGGCGGAUGAGGAGAGCCUGCGGGCCCUUCGCGAUUAUGACGAAGAUGAUGAAGAUGGAGGCGGCAAUGAAGAUGAAAUGGUGGCUCGAGACCUGGACAGGAACCGAGAUCAGCUGGAGAGGCUAAUCGCUAGUGCGCUACCUCAGGCUCUGCAGCAAGAGGAUGAAGAGGAGGAGGGUGAGGAAGAGGAGGAACGCAAAGCACCAGCAGAGAAAAGAGAAGAUGGGAACGGCAACUCUUCAGAUGAUGAGAAGCUGCUGUUGAAGCUUCUUCAGUUUUUGGACCGAAGCUCCUCCCCUUCGCCCCUGGACCCCGCCCCUUCUCCCCCCUGGUUCCCACGGCAACUGAAGAACCACCAAGAUGACGACGAUGAUGAUGCCAACAACAAUGGCCGCCGUCGCCAGGGCGUUUCCACGGAGACAGUGAAGAGUCGUGUGAGCCAGCGCGAAGAUCGACAGCUACUACAGGUGCAGAUCGCCACAGAGGAGGAAGAGCAGCAGAGGCAGCAGCUCAUUGGGGUCAAAGGUCAUCUUCAAGGUCCACAAGGUCAUCCCCAAGGUCAUCUUCAAGGCCGCCCGGCUGUCAAGGUGCAUCCCCCUCCGCCAUCCUCCGAGCUCCAGCUUGACGUCCAAUCAAAACCCUCAGCUGGCCAGGGAGGGGGAGGACUCUCCUUCUCGGUGUCCAAUCUGGAGGAAGGGGGCGGCGACGGGGCGUACGGAUACGUGAUCACGGACAAAGAGGAUUUGGCAACAGAUAAAGGCUUAGAGCUGGCGGAGAUAUUGGCCCGACGGGCAAAGAUUCACAUGGACGACUUCCUGGACUUGUCGGUCAAGGGAUCUGCCAUCAUUUUCCAAAUUCGAACCCUGAAUUCCCAAAAUGUCACCACCGCUGACGUGGUCAACAUCGCAGUUGACCAUAGGAGUUCGGUGGAGCGUGAGAGCAAACUGAAGAUCCUGGAGGCCGGACUGGCAGAGAAGUCUCAGCUAAGGGACCUGCCCACUAAGUAUAGUCGUUCGGAGUCCACCAAGUUCCUGAUCCUGACGGUGUUGUCCCUGCUGUGCAUUGUGGGAGUUCUUCUGGCCUCGCUGGUCGUCUACUGCGUCCGGCAUCGCGCACACCUGAAGGACAAGCUGACCAACCUCAACGCAGCCGACGCGGCCAACGAAGCCUAUCAGGAGCUCUGUCGUCAGCGUGUUGCGAUGAAGCCCACACUGGAAAAGAAGGCGGAGUCAGCCCUGCGUCGCCAGAGGACCGCCUCCACCAAUCAGGCGCCACACGCAUCCCGACUCGGCAGUCUGACGUCCCAGUUGAGUGACAGCUCCGUUGGCAUGGCGGCGACCAAUAGUGUGAGUCCAUCCAGGACAAGCCCCUCCCCUUGGUCAGAGGAGCCAAUGGCCAUGCCCUCCACCAUGAUGGACAUCUCCACCGGCCAUAUGAUACUGUCCUAUAUGGAAGACCAUUUAGCCAAUAAGGAUCGACUUCAGCAGGAGUGGGAGGGCCUUUGCGCAUACGAGGUGGAGCCCAGUAGCUGUGAGGUCGGACGCAGAGACGGAAACGCCAAGAAGAACCGCUCAUCUGCUGUGGUGGCCUACGACCAUUCCAGGUUCAAGCUUCGAGUUGAGAACAGCCAAUCCUCAUCGGACUACAUCAAUGCCAGCCCAAUAAUGGACCACGACCCGAGAUACCCAGCGUACAUCGCCACACAAGGGCCUCUACCCUCCACUGUGGCCGACUUCUGGCAGAUGGUAUGGGAGAGUGGGGCAGUCGUCAUCGUCAUGCUCACGCCGCUCGUGGAGUCGGGAGUCAAGCAGUCGCACCACUACUGGCCAGACGAGGGCUCCAAUCUCUACCACAUCUACGAGGUCAACCUGGUGUCUGAGCAUGUGUGGUGCGAGGACUUCCUGGUUCGCAGCUUCUACCUGAAGAACAUGCAGAGCAACGAGAGUCGCACCGUCUCGCAGUUCCACCUGCACACCUGGGGGGGCGCCACCGUGCCAGACACGCAGACGCUGCUGGACUUCCGCAGAAAAGUCAACAAGUGCUAUCGUGGUCGGUCCUGUCCUAUCAUCGUUCACUGCAGUGAUGGAGCUGGAAGGACAGGGACUUACAUUCUCAUCGAUAUGGUGCUGAACAAGAUGUCAAAAGGCGCUAAGGAGAUCGACAUUGCGGCCACCCUGGAACAUCUGAGGGACCAGAGGGCCAAUAUGGUGCAAACUAAGGAGCAGUUUGAGUUUGUGCUGACCACAGUGGCAGAGGAGGUGAACGGCAUCCUGAAGGCGCUACCACAGUGAAAAGACUACAAGUGAAGAUGGCCGCCCUACUGGGAGACUCUGGCUUUGUCGGCCAUGUUUGUAGUGUUUGUGUCAGAGGAAAAUAUUGGCUGAAUCUCAAAUGGUGCACUUGUGCACUUUAGUGUUCAUGUUUCAGUGCGCAUGUCGUAUUAGUUACGCACUGAAACAUAGUGCCCGAAGUGCACAAGUGCACCAUUUGAGAUUCAGCCAUUGUCACCCGAAGGCGCUACCACAGUGAUGCCCCAGAGGGCGCUAAAACACAAACUACACACAGAUACACACACAGACACACACACACAAACUACACACAGACACAUACACACAAACAUCAUACACAGACAUACACAACAGUAACACACAUUAUGAUGCCGAUACACAGACACAGGCUUGGUCAAAUAUCAAAUGCAAAUGUAAAUAGACACACAAACACACACACAGACAUACACACACAGAAACAUGCAGACACACACACACAUAGAGAAACACAAAACCCACGAUUACACUAAAUGCAAAUUCCUGGAUAUUGUGUGCCGUCGUGAGUGAUCCUACUGUAAAAAAAAAAAAAAAACACUGACAAAUACGCUGUCAUUGAAAUUCAUAUCAGUGUACCAGUGAUGUAUUGAUAUUGGUCCCCUUGUAAACAAUUAAAUAAAACAUGUGUG